AUGGCAUCAGUGCCUACAGCUUCUCCGAAGACUAACACAAAAACGGAACCACCAGAACACUCUCCGCUACUUCCAGCGGUACAGAAGCUUCUAUGGGCAGUCAGAGAUACCGCCUCCGACCACAAUCUUGAGCUCGAAAACUACAAGACACAUCUCCCUCAGAAGCAGCAUAGACGUCAUAGCAAAAACCGCCGCCUCGAUUCAUCACCAGAAACACAACCAGAGCUGAUGGAACCGCUCCUAUCAAAUUUCACCCACUCUAAGAAUUGUCGCACAAACACCUGA